AUGAUGGGUGCUAAUAUCCUUCCUCUGCCAGCGCAGUUAUCUUCUCGGUCGGCUUCUAGCAACCCCACUCGGCCCUCGGAAUUCACAGGAACUCCAUCGCUAGGAGUAUCAAUUUCCAAUCUCAUCACUCGCUCGCCUCGUCGCCACACGGUUUGUAUUGAAAAUCAGAUCCCUAAACGGAGUCAUCGGGACUCAAUCUUCAAAAAGCUGGCGCGCCCACGUGAGAACGCAAAGCGAUUCCUUCGCUUGCGGUCGUCUGGAGUUCAGGCGCCUUUGCAACGUCUUAGUGUACGACCAGUUUCAGAGAUUAUAUUGUCGCCGAUAUCAGUCGACUUGGAGGACGAGAUGCGAUCGGAUUCAUCGUCUACCGAGGUGCUGCCUCGCCCAGUACAUGAACCCCAUACCGUGAAUACCGAUUCUACCACCCCGUUCACUCCCUUGCGAAAUGAGAAGAUUGUAGCCACUGGGAGUGGCAUUUCUGUCGGGAUCGCCCUCACAGAACCCGUUCUUUUCUUGCAGGGUUAUGAUCAGCAAGACCCAAGCAGUAAAAAGUCUGCAAUUCUGCGGGGGCAAAUGCAUUUGAAGAUUACCAAAUGUGUCAAGAUCAAGAAGAUCUCGAUCUGCUUCCGUGGCCAUGCCCAAACCGAUUGGCCAGAUGGUAUUCCUCCUAGGAAGAUCCACUUCCAUGAUAAGAAAGAUCUCGUCACACAUGGUGUGGUCUAUUUCAAUCACGGUGACACCGCGCUCAUGCAGAAUGACUAUGGCGCACAUUACUAUCAGCAUGCCAAACCGGUGUCGUCCGUACCAGGCAAGGAGGGAGUGACGAUGACAACUCGAGAACUACAUAUAUUCUCCAAUCGCAAUUCUACCGCCUCACUCGCCCUACCAACAUCUCGCGAAGUCAAACGUCUUUCUCUACAAGCCAACCACGGACAUUCGCGCAGCUUCAGCAAGAACGAACCUCCGACUUCGCAACCCCAGCCACAGCGAAAUUACCGCAUGUUCCCCGUAGGCGAUUAUUUAUACAGCUUCGAGUUUCCAAUCGACGGAUCAUUGCCAGAGACAAUCAAAACGGAUCUGGGCUCUGUGAGAUACGACCUAGAAGCAAUGGUGGAACGAUCAGGCGCAUUCCGACCCAAUCUCCUCGGUACCAUGGAAAUCCCCGUGAUCCGUACCCCUGCCGAGGGUUCAUUGGAGCAAGUCGAGCCGAUUGCGAUUUCGCGGAACUGGGAAGACCAACUUCACUACGACAUCGUCAUCUCGGGGAAGUCCUUCCCGCUGGGCUCACAGAUCCCAAUUGCGUUCAAGUUAACUCCGCUAGCGAAAGUAGAGUGCCACCGAAUCAAGGUCUUUGUGACGGAGAAUAUCCAGCACUGGACAGCAGACAAGAGCGUGCACCGGUUGCAACCAGCGAAGAAGGUGUUGCUCUUCGAAAAACGAGCAGACUCGUCUAGUGUCAGCACGUAUCCUGGCAGCUCCAUGCGUGUCACUGCAGGCGGCGGUAUCGACUGGGACCACCGCGCUGCUGCUGCAAGGGGGGAUGAGGUUGUGGAUCGGAAUCGGACGAAUCUGCUAGGCAAUCUGUCCAAUGAUUCUGGUGUCGGUCCAACUGAGAUGGAAUUCAACGUGCAAUUGCCAAGUUGCCAUGAAAUGAAGGGCAGGGACGAGGGUCAGCGGCUGCAUUUCGAUACCACAUACGAGAAUAUUCAGAUCAACCACUGGAUCAAAAUUGUCCUCCGUCUUUCGAAGAUCGACGAAAGAGACCCCACCAAACGAAGACAUUUCGAAAUCUCCAUAGACUCGCCAUUCCACAUCCUCUCCUGCAAGGCCACCCAGGCCAACAUCUACCUACCAGCCUACACAACCCCAGCCGAAGUACCCGUUUCCCCAGCCCAAGAAUUCGAAUGCGGAUGCCCCGGCGCACCUCCCGCACCUCGAGAGCAAGUCAUCGCCCCAGCGACAUCAUCCGAUCGUGAAGACAGCCGCCCCACACCAGGAACCAUCGUUCGCCGCGGCUCAACAGGCCACAACUUCUCCCGCAGCUUCACCAACGACUCUGGCGGUCUCGCCCGGCCUCCACAAGCACAUCUUGCAACACCACCAAACGACCGCAACACACCUACCCUACCUCGCCCAAUGCAUCUGCUCCAAUAUGAUACCAUUGUCGGGGACGACCGGGAGGCCGUUCUCGAGGAUUAUUUCUCCCGUUUAUCGUUCUAUGAAGAGCAUGAAGACGAUGACCGCGGUCGUGGCCGCGUCGAUGUACCCCUCACGCCAGGUGGACGCGUCAAUCGCAGCAUGGACGUUCCCCGCGAAUGGGUGCGACUCGAAGACUAUUUCCAGUAA